AAGGAAAAGCAAUACAGUCUUGAGACCCAGUUAAUUUAAAGAAGCAUUUUUCAAAAUACCUCUUGACUGUGUGGAUCUUGUAACUCUGUCACAAAGGUGCCUUUGGACUUGUACAAAUAAAUAAUUGCAGCAUUGACUGGGCAAGGUGGUGAUUGCUGGAGUGGCUGUGGAAGGACCAUGACCAAGCACUCGGAGAUCAUCAAUUUGUCCUUUCUGUUGGAACACGAAAGGGAAACAAUCUUGGGAGUACUGAAGAGAGAUGAAUACUUGAAAAAAGUUGAAGAUAAAAGAAUCAGGAAACUGAAAAAUGAGCUUCUGGAGGUGCGAAGGAAAGGCGGAAACCGCCACUGUCAGCAGGACAGCAGCAGGGUCUGUGCUCGCUGCCAGAAGAGCCUGGGCUUCAUUUUUGACAGGGGAGAGCUGUGCCAGACCUGCCAGCUGCGGGUCUGCAGCUCCUGCCGUGUGCUGGGGGCUGAGGGGCACUGGAAGUGCUCGGUGUGUGCCAAGAUUGCAGAGCUACGGAUAGUGACAGGAGAAUGGUUUUUUGAAGAGAGAGCAAAGCGCUUCAAACAAUCAAAUUUUGGAACUGAUGUUGUCAGACAGUCAAUCCUUCACAAAUUCCCAGACACAGUUUCCAAUACAGAUGAUGAAAGGACAUUCAAAAAUCAACACCAGGAGAAAGAAGAAAAACCAGAUGUACCAGUCUGCUCCACAAAUGGGCACAAAUCUGUCUUUAGCAGACCUAGAAAGAUUGGGAGGGUUAUCAGGGCAGUUACCAAAGGAGAAAUCACAUUUGGAAAGGAUGAAGGUGAAAGGAGCACAGGCUCAGAGGCUGAAAGCCCCGGUCUGCGAGGAGGCAAAUCAGAUCUGAGCUCUGAGAGAGGCAGCACACUCUCCCUGGGCAGCAGCAGCGCAGGGGCUGCUGCAGGACAUGCAAGGGGCAGAGGCAGCACUGCCAAGGCUUCCCUGGCACGCUCUCCCAAGCGCAGCAUGACCGCGGAUUGCAGCGGGGACACAGGCUUGGAAAAUGGCAUGAUUAUUCCAGCAAGUGAAAGUGUACCUGAAGAUUUAGUAAAGAAGCACUGCAGGAAACCAUCUGGAACACCUUCCAUUGCAGUUUCUAGGAUAUCUUUGUCAUCAGACCGUAGCAGAUCUGAGAUAGAUUUGAGUGAAUCUUUCUCUGAAGGAAAUGAGGAUACCCUGAGCAUAAGAAGCAAAUCUGUACCUAGUGCCUUAGAUCAGGAACUGGGCUAUCUGGAUGAAACAGAAGAAGAUAUUGAUGACAUAGUGGCCUCUUGUUAUCCAAGAAAGCAUGGACAUAUGACAAGUGGAUUAUCAACAAACUCCCCAGAAGGUUCUGACAGAAAAUGGACAUAUUUAAAUGUUCCCGAAGCAGAUGGUGACACUACGAGCAUCAACAGCAUGGUGAGUGUUUACAGUGAGACUGGUGACUAUGGCAACGUGAAGGUCAGCGGGGAAAUCCUCCUCAAUAUCAGCUACAUCUACAAAACAGGGGCCCUCAACAUCCUGGUGAGGAGCUGCAGGAACCUGGCCAUUGCAGAUGAGAGGAAGCAAAGGACCGACCCCUAUGUCAAAGCUUACCUCCUGCCCGACAAGUCCCGCCAAAGCAAGCGCAAAACCAAAAUCAAAAGUAACAGCACCAACCCGGAAUUUAAUGAGACACUGAAGUAUGUCAUCAGUCACUCACAGCUGGAAACCAGGACCCUGCAGGUUUCUGUCUGGCACUAUGACAGAUUUGGACACAACAGCUUCCUUGGGGAAGUGGAAAUUCCAUUUGAUUCCUGGAACUUUGAAAAUCAGGGUGAUGAGUGGUUUGUGCUCCAGCCCAAGGUGGAGGCUGUGACAGAUUUUGGCCUUCAGUACAAAGGAGAACUGACAGUGGUUUUACGUUAUAUUCCCCCAGACAGAAACCUAAUGCUUCCUCUGGGACACUUUCAAGGAAAGAGAGGCUUCAAAAAAGGAAAGAAAGGAGAUUCUCAUCUGCCAUCUGGAGGCAUAUUAGAAGUCCUCAUCAAAGAAGCAAAGAAUUUAACAGCAGUGAAAUCUGGAGGCACAUCUGAUACUUUUGUUAAAGGGUACCUGCUCCCAGAUGACAGCAAAGCUACAAAACACAAAACUCCCAUAGUGAAAAGGAGUGUGAACCCCCAGUGGAAUCACACCUUUGCCUUCAGUGGCUUGAAUUCAGGGGACAUAAGGAAUGUCUGCCUGGAGCUGACUGUGUGGGACAAGGAGUCUCUUUCCAGUAAUAUUUUUUUGGGAGGUGUCCGUUUGAGCACUGGAAAUGGUGUAAGCAAUGGCAAAGAGGUUGACUGGAUGGACUCCCAAGGGGAAGAGCAGCACCUCUGGCAGAAGAUGAUCGACAGUCCAGGAGCUGCAGUGGAAGGGGUGUUGAUGCUGAGAUCCAGCAUGGGGAAACGCAGGCUCUGA